AUGCGCAAGAAGAGCACUUACAUCUUACCACCCUUAGAAAAUAAAAAAAUUAUAGCUAUUGAAAAAUAAGUUUAGAAAGACAUUUCAGAAUAACAUAAUGCUAUGGAAUAUGUAAGAUCAGAAAUGAAUUCAAUCGUUUCACUCAAAUAUUAGGCUUAAAUCAAAUCUUUCUCGCAUAGUCGAUUUAAUAGAAUGCAUGCCAGCCAAUCAUUACAUCAACCUAUAGUUAAUUAACCUCCAAAAUUAGAGUCUUCUAAGUCUUCCUUGGAUUUCUUAUAAACCAUUAGAAAAAGAUUUUUGAAAUCUUCUAUUGAACCUGAAAAUGUUGAAUUACNCUACAGUUUCUACAUUUAAGAAGCAUAUAUUUAUUAAGCAAUCCUUUCAUUCUCACUUUACUUUUUCAUUAUAUUUUGUUUGUUGAGAAUAUUUUUUAUAAAUUACUAAAUUAUACACCUUUUUGUAUAAAAAAUUUUGA